AUGUCCGGGGAACAUUUUGAAGGGGAAGAUGUUGGCUAUGUGCCUGAGGAUAUGGAAUUUCCUCAAAACCAUUUGGAAGAACAUGAAGGAGAUGUGAUUGAUGACUCUGGGUUUCAUCAACUGCAGCAUGAUAUUGAUGAUGGUGACAAUGAUGAUGGUGGUGAUGAUGAACAGGUGGGAAGUUUGGGUGAGGAUGUAGAAAUCAAUUUUCCUGAAAAUCAAUUUGAUGGUAACGAUGUGGAAGAUUUUACUGAAAUUGGUGAUGAUAUUGCCGAUGGUGUACCACAAGAGCAUACUAUUGAGGAGCAAAUUGAUGGAGGUGGUGAUGUGAAUGAGAAUUUUGGCUCGCCGGAAAAUCAGGAACCCAGAGAAGAUUCAAAAGGAGUUGAAAUAAAGAAGUGGCCUGGAUGGCCUGGAGAGAAUGUUUUCAGGAUGUUGGUUGCUUCGCAAAAGGUUGGCAGCAUCAUUGGGCGCAAAGGAGAGUUUAUUAAGAAGAUUACUGAAGAGACUAGGGCUCGAGUUAAAAUUCUUGACGGACCUCCGGGAACCGCAGAAAGAGCAGUAAUGGUUUCUGCAAAAGAAGAGCCAGAUCGCCCCAUACCACCUGCUGUGGAGGGUUUGUUAAGGGUUCAUAAACAAGUUUGCAAUGUGGACCGUGAUCCUGCAGAUAGCGCAUCAGGUGCAGGACGCCCAGGUGUUACGAGGCUUCUGGUGGCUGAUACUCAAGCAGGAAGUUUGAUUGGAAAGCAAGGGGCCACUAUAAAAACCUUUCAAGAUGCUACAGGUUGCAGUAUACGCAUUCUUGGUUCAGAACACCUGCCAAUUUUCGCUCUGCGGGACGAUAGUAUUGUUGAGAUACAAGGGGAAUCUGCUGGAGUUCACAAGGCAGUUGAACUUAUUGCACUUCAUUUACGCAAGUUCUUGGUUGACCGCAGCAUAGUUGGAGUAUUUGAAACACAGAUGCAACGACCCGAUGUUCGCGUUAACCACAAUGUGCCACCACACCAAUCUUGGGGGCCUUCUCAAGGGUUUUCUGCUCCUGGUGGAGGUGCACCUGCGUAUCCACCCAAUCCUCAAUAUAUGCCACCACAACAUAACUAUGACAAUUAUUACCCACCUGCUGACCUGCCUCCCAUUGACAAGCACAUGCAUCAGGGUCCACCAUCUGCCUAUGCAAGGGAUGCCUCUUUGGGAAUACAUUCGUCCGGUGGGCAGCCACAACAAACUGGUGGAACUAAGGUCACACAGCACAUGCAAAUCCCACUGUCUUUUGCAGAUGCUGUUAUUGGGGCAUCAGGAGCAAAUAUUAGCUACAUUCGCCGUGCUAGUGGAGCAAGUAUUACAAUUCAAGAGACCAGGGGUGUGCCAGGGGAGAUGACUGUUGAGAUAAGUGGUACUGCUUCACAAAUACAGGCAGCCCAGCAGCUGGUUCAGAAUUUCAUGGCUGAAGCUGCAAAUGCGGCUGCGGCGGCGGCACAGGAUCAUAUGGGAGGAUCAAUUAACCAAGGCUAUAAUUCCUAUCCCACUAAUGCUCCUGUUUAUGCAUCUCCGCCAUCAAGUGCUGCAGGCCAUGCGCCUUCGGCAGAUUAUGGCUCUGUAUAUGGCACCAACUAUGGCUAUUGA